AUCAAAAAUAGAAAAUAAUUUAAAGGUUGCAAACUUGCAAUACAACAUAAACAAUUUAAAUUUAAACAUGUCUUAAAUGACACAAUCUCCUCUAUUAAUGUUUUUCCUAUAUUAAAUAACAGUAAUAGGAUUUUAUGUAUCCAUUCCAUUUCUUCUUCGAAUCUGCGUAUCCACUGUAGAGCCGUCCGCCAUUAACGCCCGAUUCCUUGCCCUUCAACUCCAUUCAUCCUUCUCUACGGAUAUCUACUCUCUUCUAGUCGUUUCGGGGCUGAAUCCUGAAGCUCCCCUUCAAUGUAAUGCCACCGCCGAGACGGUAGCUACGGUGAUGGUAUUGUGAGUUUUCAUUCUCCGGCGGAUCUUUUUUAGGAUUAGGUUCAGCAAACCGCGAAUGUUGACCUGUAUCGCUUGCUCGAAGCAGCUUAAUACUGGAUCUCUUCGCGAACCCGAUGAAGACGACACCGUCACUACUCCCAGCACCAGGCAAGCCAUCAAAACACUCACUGCUCAGGUACUUCGCAUUUUCCAUUAAUUACUGGCGUUUUGUUUGAAUGGAGAUUGAGAUUAUAGCUUCCGGCUUAAACAACAAAUUAUUCGUCGAUUUUUUGGGGAUAAUAUGCAAUUUGUGAUUGCUAGAUUAAGGACAUUGCUGUGAAAGCUUCCGGCGCGUAUAAGCAGUGUAGUAACCCUUGUUCGAAGGGGUCAAACAUUGACCAGAGCCGCCGGAACUACGCCGACUCCGAUGCGGGGUCAGAGCCUGAGAGGGUUCACUGUGCGUAUAGAAGGACCAGGUGUUCAAAUUCGACGCCGAGGAUAUGGGGAAAGGGAUCGGAGGCCGGUGGGUAUAUGAGCGGCGGCGAAGGGACGCCGGCAUCGGCGAGCGGGCGGACCGAGUUGACGGAGGAAGGGGAGGGGAAGGAAUGGGUUGCUCAGGUUGAGCCUGGAGUGCUGAUAACCUUCGUUCCGUUGCCUAAUAAUGGUGGGAAUGGGCUGAAAAGAAUCCAAUUCAGCCGAGAGAUGUUCAACAAAGGGUUAGCACAAAGAUGGUGGGCAGAAAAUUAUGACAAGGUCAUGGAAUUGUACAAUGUCCAGAUGCUCAAUCGCCAGGCUGCACCAAUGUCUGCUGUUGAGAACUCAAAAGUGGAAUAUGAGGAGGGGAGCCCAAUGGCCCCUCCCUUGAGCAAGGUACAUCCACGCCUCCACCUCCGACGUCCAACAGGAAUGAGUCUCUGCUCAUCAGAGUCAUUGGGGCAUGACUCAGUGCAAUCUCAUUACCAUCCUACUCCAAUGCUCUCUAGCAUCAAAACUGAAACUUCCUCAAUAGAUGCUUCUGAAAGGAGCAGUUGUCAGUCACUGAGCAAUGGUGGUGGUAGUGAUGACAUGGAAAGUGAAUGGGUUGAGGAAGACGUGCCUGGAGUCUACAUCACUAUCAGAGCUUUGCCAGGUGGCUCUCGGGAGCUUAGACGUGUUAGGUUCAGCCGAGAAAUAUUUGGAGAAGUGCAAGCAAGAUUGUGGUGGGAAGAGAACAGAGCGAGGAUCCAACAGCAGUAUUUAUGAGAUACUGCGGUUUUUCACUAAAUCUGUUUACACAUUUUUCCACAAAUAGAUUAUUUUAGAGUUUUUUCAUUUCAUUAUAUUUCUAGGGGUCAUUCGCUUCCAGCUAAAUAAGGUUAAAGUUAAGUAUUGAUGGGUUGCUAGCUUGCCAUGUUGGAGCGGAAAGUGUUGCAUAUGAAUUCUUUUCAUAGUCCAUAAAUUACAUUUAAUUGCAGAUUUGCAGACAAUGCCUUUGUGGGAUAUUGGAACUAAAGUUCCUAAUAUUAUUAUACUUCAGAAAGAAAAGAAAAAGAAAACCUUGUUGCUGAUUAAUAAAGUUACACCUUUUUAAAUUUCGGAUGAUACAGUUGUAAGUUUACACAAG